AGGUCGCCACGCGUCUAUCGCGUGCCUUCAUCUCGUGAUCCAAGCGGAGGACUCUCUCAUGCUUCCUAGACCCUUCCGGACUUCUCCUUCUCCUGCCCAUAUAACCUCCAACCCCUGAGCCACUCCCAGCAACUUAGCGCAGCAACGAAGCAAUCUUCUACUCCCCAACCUUGGCUUUCUACUAACCAUGGCUUCUGCCACCGCCUGGACCAUCACAAAUCUGGUUCCCUCUGCUGCCUCCUCGUCCUUGUUUUCCAGGCGAAACUUGAGACCCCAUAGACUCAUGGUAUCGUUCCCAAUCAAGCACCCCCGUUCCUCCAUCGUCGCCUCCGCAGCACCCGAAAACAAGGAUAGCUCCUCCAUCGACGUGCAGGUCGACCAGAAGGCAAACGAGAAAGGCACCGCCGUCGAGCGGCGGCCUCGCCGCUCCACCCUCGACAUCGCUCCUUUCGGGCUGGUGGAUCCUCUGUCGCCGAUGAGGACCAUGAGGCAGAUGCUGGACACGAUGGACCGGAUCUUCGAGGACGCGAUGUCGUUCCCGGGGUCGGGCCGGACGUCGGUGGGGGAGAUAAGGGCGCCGUGGGCCAUAAUGGAGGACGAGAACGAGGUGAAGAUUAGGUUCGACAUGCCGGGGCUGUCGAAGGAGGAGGUGAAGGUGUCUGUGGAGGAUGACGUACUGGUGAUCAAAGGAGAGCACAAGAAGGAGGAGGAGGGAAGUAAAGAAGAGGAUUCCUGGUGGAGAGGAAGGAGCAUGAGCUCGUACGAUACCCGGAUGCUGCUGCCGGACAACUGCGAGAAGGACAAACUGAAGGCUGAGCUGAAGAACGGGGUGCUGCUGGUUACCAUUCCCAAGACGAAGGCCGAGCGCAAGGUCAUUGAUGUUGAGGUCCAGUGAAACGUCUGAUGUCCAUCAUAGAGCUGCCUUUUUAUAUUUCUUAUGGUGUUGUAGUUUUCUUUGAGAGUGUCGAACUUCUGAUCUUUAUGUGAAGGGAGAGAUUAAUGUAGAAACGAAUUUUUGUUUCUUCUAUCUGUUUAGAAUCCAUGCUUGUUGCA